ACGCUUUUAAAAUUCUCUCCCUCCUUGCAUUUCCGUUUGCCAUCAAGCCAAACAUCGGCCCCUAACGCUUCUCUUCCUCUAUUUUUUCUUUCUCUGUUCUCGCCGGAGAAAAACAUCCCCAAUGGACCGCCGGCGUUCUCUCCGACCACCGCGUCCCAACGCCGUACAGGAUGCUGAUGCCACCUGUACCUUCCGUCGGGACGAACAAGACGCAUCGGCGGCCGACCACUUGAAAAGAGCAUCGCCUAAAGCUUCCGAUGCUCUUCCCCUUCCUCUCUACCUCACCAACACAAUCUUCUUCACCCUUUUCUUCUCCGUCGCUUAUUAUCUUCUUCACCGAUGGCGCGAUAAGAUCCGAAACUCUACACCUCUUCACGUCGUUACGCUCUCCGAAAUCGCCGCCAUUGUUUCUCUCAUGGCUUCCUUCAUUUAUCUUCUUGGAUUUUUCGGUAUUGACUUUGUUCAGUCUUUCAUAGCGCGUUCCUCUCCCGAUGCCUGGGAUCUUGAAGAUGAAAUUGAUCGAACUCUUCUCAUCGACAACAAUCGCUAUGCUGCACCUCGUUCCGCGUCUGCUGUCGCUUUGCCGUCCAAAGUGGUCGACGCCGAGGCUUUGAAUACAAUUCCAUUGCCGGAGGAGGACGAAGAGGUUGUGAAAAUGGUUGUGGAUGGUUCUGUUCCUUCGUACUCGUUGGAAUCGAAACUUGGGGAUCCGAAACGAGCCGCUUCCAUUCGCCGUGAGGCACUGCAGAGGACGACUGGAAGGUCGAUCCAUGGACUUCCAUUUGAAGGAUUCGAUUAUGAGUCUAUUUUAGGGCAGUGCUGCGAAAUGCCGGUUGGGUAUGUUCAGAUUCCGGUGGGAAUAGCGGGACCUUUGUUGCUGGAUGGAUUCGAGUACACCGUGCCGAUGGCUACGACGGAGGGUUGCUUGGUGGCCAGCACCAAUAGAGGUUGCAAAGCGAUCUAUGCGUCUGGUGGAGCAACGAGCAUGUUGUUGAAAGAUGGGAUGACCAGAGCGCCGGUUGUAAGAUUUGGGAGCGCCAAAAGAGCAUCUGAAUUGAAAUUUUUCUUAGAGGAUCCUAGUAAUUUUGAUACCUUGGCCGUCGUUUUCAACAGGUCUAGUAGAUUUGCUAGGCUUCAAAGUAUCCGAUGCUCUAUUGCUGGGAAGAAUCUUUAUGUAAGAUUUUGUUGCAGCACAGGCGACGCCAUGGGAAUGAAUAUGGUGUCUAAGGGUGUCCAGAAUGUCCUUGAAUUUCUUCAACAUGAUUUCUCGGAUAUGGAAGUCAUUGGUAUCUCUGGAAACUUUUGUGCUGACAAGAAGCCUGCUGCCGUGAAUUGGAUUGAAGGACGAGGAAAGUCUGUGGUCUGUGAGGCAGUAAUAAAGGAUGAGGUGGUGAGGAAGGUAUUGAAAACCAGUGUUGCGAGUCUAGUAGAGCUUAACAUGCUUAAGAAUCUAACUGGAUCUGCAAUGGCUGGCGCUCUUGGUGGUUUUAAUGCUCAUUCCAGCAAUAUUGUAUCCGCUAUUUUCUUAGCAACUGGUCAAGAUCCAGCACAAAAUGUGGAGAGUUCUCACUGCAUCACUAUGAUGGAACCUGUUAACAACGGCAGAGAUUUGCACAUCUCUGUCACAAUGCCUUCCAUUGAGGUUACAAAUACAUCAUAUUUGUCCGUCGUUUUUUCAUUUAUAUAUACCUUAUAUCUCAAACUUUAUCCAUUCUACUUUCUUGCUUAUUUUCUUCAGGUUGGUACUGUCGGAGGUGGAACUCAACUUGCAUCUCAAUCCGCUUGUUUGAAUCUUCUUGGUGUGAAGGGUGCUAGCAAAGAGUCUCCGGGAGCCAACUCAAGGCUUUUAGCCACCAUUGUGGCUGGCUCUGUUCUUGCAGGUGAGCUAUCCCUCAUGUCUGCUAUAGCAGCUGGACAACUUGUGAGGAGUCACAUGAAAUACAAUAGAUCUAGCAGAGAUGUAUCAAAACUUGAAUCAUAAAAGGUAUUAGAUCAACAAAAGGGUGGGAUCCAGUAGAGAUAGAAAUAAAAGGGGAAAAGAUUUGGAUCUUUUUGGUGGAAGUAGCAAAGAAAAUAUGGCUUCUGGCUGGUUUACAUGUGAUUUCCAGAGACUAGCCUAGCUGGAAGGUGGCCCCCAUCGAGGAAGACAUACAACAUGGUUGGAUAAAACUCUUUCUGUGGUUCAUCUAGACAUAUUGUGUGCCCCCACGAAGAUAUUCGGUGUGUUAUCUUUCUGUUUGUUUUGCAAAGAAAAGAAAAAGAAAAAAAAAAGAAUAAUUUAUAUUUAUUCUCAUUCGUUAGCCUUCCUGACAUUUGAAAAACUUGAUGAUUCUCGUUGGUGUUGUUAUCUGUUUGUAGAUUUGUAGACGAUGGUGGGGGAAGAGAGGGGCUUAGUUUUUAUGUAUGAUAAUUAUGUUUCUUUGUACGUAUUGCUUUGGUCAAGUUAUGGUGGUGGUUGUUGUAACCUUGUUAUGGUUGUAAAACCUUGAUAACUUCAGAUUGUGGUUCUAAACCAUUCACUGUAUUUCAAUGGUGUAUGGUUUUUGUCUCUAUUGGCGGUGUUUAGGAUUGAAAAUGAUAUUGAGCUUACCGGCAGGUUGCUUUAUUA